AUGCCUAAUCCUGCUGAAAGGAGCGCCGGGGACGUCCCCGAGGGCGCCUCCACCCUCGCCUUCGUCUUCGACGUGACCGGCUCCAUGUACGACGACCUGGUGCAGGUCAUCGAGGGCGCGUCGAAGAUUCUGGAGACCUCCCUGAGGAGACCCAAGCGGCCGCUGCACAACUUCGCCCUGGUGCCCUUCCACGACCCGGAAAUUGGUCCGGUGACGAUAACCACUGAUCCCAAGAAAUUUCAGUAUGAACUCAGGGAGCUUUAUGUUCAGGGUGGUGGCGACUGUCCAGAGAUGAGCAUCGGGGCAAUUAAGAUUGCCCUGGAAAUCUCUCUUCCAGGUUCUUUCAUCUAUGUGUUUACUGAUGCUCGCUCCAAAGAUUAUAGGCUAACCCAUGAGGUGCUUCAGCUCAUUCAGCAAAAACAGUCGCAGGUAGUAUUUGUGCUGACGGGAGACUGUGAUGACAGGGAACACAUCGGUUACAAGGUCUACGAAGAAAUUGCCUCAACAAGCUCUGGUCAAGUUUUUCAUUUGGACAAAAAGCAAGUUAAUGAGGUGUUGAAGUGGGUUGAAGAAGCAGUUCAAGCCUCCAAGGUGCAUCUCUUGUCUACAGACCACUUGAACAUGGCUGUGAAUACUUGGCAGAUCCCUUUUGAUCCCAGUCUCAAAGAAGUUACAGUGUCCUUGAGUGGCCCUUCACCAGCCAUUGAAAUUCGUGACCCGUUAGGCAAGCAGAUCAGCAAAGGAUCUGGACUGAAUGAAUUGCUGAAUAUCCACAACUCUGCUAAGGUAGUAAAUGUUAAAGAUCCAGAGCCUGGGACAUGGACAGUUAAGACAUCCAGCAGUGGAAGACACUCUGUUCGAAUCACAGGUCUCAGCACCAUUGAUUUUCGAGCAGGAUUUUCUAAGAAGCCAACCUUAGACUUUAAAAGAACAUCCAGCAGACCAGUGCAAGGGAUUCCUACCUUUGUGCUGCUGAAUACCACGGGAAUCGCUCUUCCAGCUCGAGUAGACCGACUGGAGCUUCUGAGCAUCACAGGGGAACUUCUCAAGACUUUGCCAGUGAAAUACUAUCCUGACAGAAAGCCCUAUGGGCUGUGGAACAUUUCUGACUUUAUUCCACCACAGGAAGCCUUUUUCGUCAAAAUAACGGGCUAUGACAAGGAUGGUUAUCUUUUUCAGAGAAUUUCAAGUGUUUCAUUUUCUAGUAUUAUUCCUGAGGCUCCAAAAGUAACAAUGCCUGACAAAACUCCAGGAUAUUAUUUGCAGCCUGGGUCCAUUCCUUGUCACGUAGAGAGUCUUAUACCUUUCACUCAACAUUUUAGUAAAAAUGGAAUUAAACUAGGAGUGGAUCAGUUCUUCAAAGAGUCGUCUAGCGUGAGCUGGGACAUGGAGCGCGUCUCCCUGGCCGACGAAGGCCUGUACGAGUGCAGCGCGACGAGCAGCGCCGGCACCGGUCGCGCGCACACCUUCCUGGAUGUGUCAGAGCCUCCACCUGUGAUUCAGGUUCCUAAUAACGUCACAGUUGUUCCUGGUGAAGGAGCCAUCUUGACAUGCCUGACGUCAAGUACCGUGCGCUACAAUCUCACCUGGCAGAGGAAUGGCAGGGACGUGAGGCUUGAGGAACCACUGCGCAUGAGGGUGAUGAGCAACCUGUCUUUAGAAGUGAAAGCUGUAAAGCUCACCGAUGCUGGCAAGUACACGUGUAUCGCUGCCAACGAGGGUGGAGCUACCACUGCAUCCGUCUUCCUUACAGUGCAAGAACCACCUAGAGUUGUCAUCUCACCCAAGAAUCAGACUUUUACAGAAGGCUCUGAGGUGUCUAUCAGAUGCUCUGCAACAGGUUAUCCAAAGCCAACAGUAGUAUGGACGCAUAACGAUAUGUUUGUUAUUGGUUCAAGCAGGUAUAGAUUGUCCCCAGAAGGUACUUUAAUCAUAAGAAAGGCAAUUCUAAAAGAUGAAGGAAUUUAUGGUUGCUUGGCAAGUAACUCGGCUGGGACAGAGAAACAGACGUCCACCCUUACCUACAUUGAGGGUCCAACAUUGACCAUAGUUCAAAAUGAAAUUCUGGUAGCCCUUGGAGACACAACUGUUAUGGAAUGUAAAACAACUGGAAUCCCACAUCCCCAAGUUAAAUGGUUUAAAGGUGACUUAGAGUUGAGGGCAUCUGCAUUUCUCAUUAUUGAUAGUCAUCGGGGUCUUCUGAAGAUUCAGGAAACGCAGGAUCUGGAUGCUGGUGAUUAUACUUGCGUGGCUACCAAUGAUGCAGGGAGAGCCUCUGGAAAGAUUACCCUAGAUGUUGGCUCUCCCCCUGUUUUCACCCAGGAACCCGGUGAUGAAACCGUGGACCUUGGCUCAAACAUCACCCUGCCUUGCUAUGUUCAGGGCUACCCAGAGCCCAGAGUUAAGUGGAGGCGGCUGAAUGGUGCUUCCCUUUUCUCAAGACCCUUUGCAGUUAGUUCCAUCAGUCAGCUCAGAACAGGAGCUCUGGCUAUUAAUAAUCUGUGGGUCAGUGAUGAGGGGACUUACAUAUGUGAAGCUGAAAACCAGUUUGGAAAGAUUCAGUCACGACCAGCCACAGUCACAGUAACUGGACUGGUUACACCUCUGAUUGGGAUAAGCCCAGCCACAGCCAAUGUAAUUGAGGGGCAGCAGCUCACUCUGCCAUGCGUUCUGCUUGCUGGGAACCCCAUUCCAGACCGGAGGUGGAUAAAAAACAACAUAGUGCUGGUUCCCAGCCCCUACGUGAGCGUGCGCAGUGACGGCAGCCUGCACCUCGAGCGGGUUCGGCUGCAGGAUGGGGGUGAUUACACCUGCAUGGCCAGCAACGUGGCGGGGACGAGCAACAGAACUGUCACCGUUAACGUGUACGUUCUGCCUGUCAUUCAGCAUGGACAGCAGAUAUUCAGUACCAUUGAAGGAAUCCCAGUAACACUGCCCUGCAAAGCCAGUGGAGUUCCUAAGCCAUCCAUUCUCUGGUCCAAGAAGGGAGAACAAAUUCUUGCCAGCGACAUGAGAUUUUCUGCAGGCUCAGAUGGCAGCCUCUACGUAGCUUCCCCCGGGGGGGAAGAGGCCGGGGAGUAUGUGUGCACCGCAACAAAUGCUGCUGGUUUCGCCACGCGGAAGGUCCAGCUGACUGUCUAUGUGAAACCUAGAGUAUCCAGGCCUGGAGAUCAGCAAGGAAAUGCCUAUGAUAAACCCAUAGAGAUCUCAGUAAUUGCAGGAGAAGAUGUGACACUUCCUUGUGAAGUAAAGAGCUUGCCACCCCCCAUAAUUACCUGGGCCAAAGAAAUGCAGCUCAUAUCACCAUUCUCUCCAAGACACACUUUCCUACCCUCAGGGUCAAUGAAGAUCAGUGAGACACAAGUUUCAGACAGUGGAAUGUAUAUCUGCGUAGCCACAAAUAUUGCUGGGAAUGCGAGUCAGUCAGUGAAGCUAAAUGUACAUGUUCCUCCGAAGAUACAGCGUGGGCCUCGAGUUCUGAAAGCCCGCGUUGGCCACAGGGUGGACAUACCCUGCAGGGCCCAGGGACUUCCUCCUCCAGCGGUCACUUGGUUCAAAGGCAGAAGUGCUGUGCUCGUGGAUGGUGGCCACCUUAUCCACGGCCCGGAUGGAGUGCUAAGCAUCAGCAAAGUCCAGCUUCCCCAUGCUGGAAUCUACAAGUGCAUCGCUAGUAACGUGGCGGGCAGCGACACCUCAGAGAUAACGCUGCAAGUGCAAGAGCCUCCUACUAUAGAUGAUCUUGACCCUUCAUACAGUGGUCCAUUUCAGGAACGAGUAGCACAUCAACGUGUUGCUUUCCCAUGUCCAGUAAAAGGUGUUCCAAAGCCUGUCAUCAAAUGGCUGCGUAAUGGAAGAGAGUUGACAGGCAGCGAACCAGGGAUUUCAAUUCUGGAGGAUGGGACCCUGUUGGUCUUUGCUGCUGUCACACCUUCUGAUGAUGGGGAAUAUGUUUGUACAGCAGCCAAUGAAGCUGGAAGUACAGAAAGAAAAUAUAACCUCAAAGUUCAUGUUCCCCCUGAAAUUAGAGAUCAAGAAACAGUGACAAAUACAUCUGUAGUUGUUCAGCAUCCUGUAAGUCUCUUGUGUGAAGUAUCUGGUAACCCCUUCCCGAUAAUCUCUUGGUAUAAAGAAGAUAUUCAGGUUGUGGAAAGCAGUACUCUCCAGAUUUUGCAUAACGGGAAGAUACUGAAGCUCCUUAAAGCUGCUGCUGAUGAUGCUGGACAAUAUUCAUGCAAAGCUGUAAAUGUAGCAGGAAGUUCGGAGAAAAUGUUUAACGUAGAUGUACUAGUUCCACCAAGCAUCAUAGGUGCUGCUACAGCCAGUGAAAUUGCAGUCAUUCUCAACCACGAAAUCACUCUGGAGUGUAGAGCCAAAGGCUCCCCCUUUCCUGACAUUCACUGGUUCAAAGAUGGCAAGCCCUUGUUCGUGGGUGAUCCCAAUGUUGAGCUUCUGGACAAAGGUCAAGUUCUGCACAUAAAGAGCGCUCGGAGGACUGACAAAGGUCGGUAUCAGUGCAGUGCCACCAACAGUGCCGGCAAGCAAGUUAAGGAGGUCAAGCUCAUCAUCCAUGUCCCACCUAGCAUCAAAGGAGGAAAUAGUACCACAGAGGUGUCAGCUCUUCUUGACAACCUUAUAAAUCUGGAGUGUGAAACCAAGGGAACUCCAGUUCCUACCAUUACUUGGUACAAAGAUGGACACACAAUUAUUUCCAGUCCCCAAGCCCAGUAUGUAGACAGAGGGCAAAUCCUGCAGAUACCUCGGGCUCAAGUUUCUGACUCUGCAAUGUACACUUGCCGGGUCACCAAUGCUGUGGGAGCUGCUGAAAAAAUCUAUGAAGUGGAUGUCUAUGUUCCUCCGGUUAUUGAGGGCGACGCUGACACAGUGCAGACGAGGCAGGUGGUUGCUGGCGAUUCCGUGACGCUGGAAUGUAAAGCGGAGGGCAACCCGGCGCCGCUGCUCACGUGGCUGAAGGACGGCGUGCCCGUGAGAGCCAGCGACAGCCUGCGCGUCCGGGCCGGCGGGAAACGGCUGGAGCUGCUCAACGCCAGCGAGGCCGACACGGGCCAGUACGUGUGCGUGGCUACCAGCAUAGCUGGAGAGCAAGAAAGGAAGUACGAAGUCGAAGUCUUAGUCUCACCGAUUGUGGAAGGUGGGGGUGAGCUCUCAGACUACAUUGUGAUUCUGCAUAGCCUUUUAGAGUUGGAUUGUGUAGCAACAGGGAUACCCUCACCAACUAUCAUGUGGCUGAAGGAUGGCCAGCCAGUUGAAGAAGGAGCUGGACAGAAGAUCUUGUUAAACGGGCACAAACUGCUCAUCUCUCGAGCUCAAGUGGCAGAUGCUGGUCGCUAUAAAUGUGUGGCUGCAAAUAAGGCUGGAGAACAUGAAAGGGAAUUUGAGGUUACUGUGCAUGUUCCUCCGUCCAUCAAAUCAACGGGGCUCUUGGAGAGAGCUAUUGUGAUAUACAAGCCCGUGACCCUGCAGUGCAUAGCCAAUGGCAUUCCCAGCCCUUCCAUCACUUGGUUAAAAGAUGGGCAACCAGUAAACACAGCCAGAGGAAAUAUAAGACUGGAGUCUUCAGGCCGUGUGCUGCAAGUUGUCAAGGCCCUGCUCGAAGAUGCUGGCCGAUACACUUGUGUGGCAACAAAUGCUGCAGGAGAAGCCCAGCAGCACGUUCGGCUUCAUGUGCAUGAACCACCCAAUCUGGAGGAUGCAGGGAGGAUGUUAAAUGAAACAGUAGUGGUAAAUAAUCCCAUGCAGCUUGAAUGCAGAGCAUCUGGGAAUCCGCUGCCAGUUAUCACGUGGUACAAAGACGGUCGUCCCCUCACGAGCGCUGCCAGUGCCACGUUGCUGCAGAGGGGGCAGGUUCUGCAGAUUGAGGAUGCCCAGAUCUCCGACACGGGCAUUUAUAAGUGUGUGGCUGUCAACACAGCGGGCACUGCUGAGCUGUUUUAUAGUCUUCAGGUUCAUGUGCCGCCAUCCAUCUCUGGCAGCAGCGACACGGUGGCCGUGGUAGUGAAUAAUCUAGUGAGGCUGGAAUGUGAAGCCAGAGGGAUCCCUGCACCUAUCCUGACGUGGCUGAAAGAUGGGAGCCCCGUUUCCAGCUUUAGCGAUGGACUCCAGGUUCUGUCCGGAGGCCGUGUCCUAGCAUUAACCAGUGUUCAGAUCAGUGACACAGGGAAAUACACGUGUGUUGCAGUGAAUGCUGCAGGCGAGAGUCAAAGAGAUAUUAAUCUCCGAGUUUAUGUUCCGCCGGACAUCAUGGGCGAGGAGCAGAACGUCUCGGUGCUCCUCGGGCAGCCCGUGGAGCUGCGGUGCCGCAGCCGCGCGGUGCCGCCCGCCCUGCUGGCCUGGCUCAAGGACGGGCGCCCCUUGCUGAAGAAACCAGGUCUGAGCGUCGCCGAGGACGGCAGCGCCUUGAAGAUUGACGGAGCUCAAGUUCAGGACACAGGCCGUUAUACUUGCGAGGCGACAAAUGUUGCUGGGAAAACUGAGAAGCACUACAAUGUCAAUGUUUGGGUGUCCCCGAGUAUCCAUGGCUCAGGUGACAUCUCUCAGCUGACAGUAAUUGAAGGAAGCCUGAUAAGCCUGAUAUGUGAGUCCAGUGGCAUCCCUCCACCCAGUCUGACUUGGAAAAAGAAUGGCUCCCUGUUGGUGCCUGACCUUUCGGGAAGAGUGAGGGUGCUGUCUGGGGGCAGGCAGCUGCAGAUUUCCAUUGCUGAAAAGUCUGAUGCUGCAUUUUACACUUGCGUGGCUUCGAACGUGGCUGGAAAUGCAAAGAAGAAUUACAGUUUGCAAGUGUACGUUCGUCCAACUAUUUUGAACAGUGGUAGCCACCCAUCAGAAGUUGUUGUCACCCAAGGAAGUGAAGUUUCCUUGGAAUGCAAGGUCCAGGGUAUUCCAGAGCCAACAAUAACGUGGAUGAAGGAUGGCCGUCCGUUGGCCAGCGGAAGGGACUUAGAAAUACUUCAUGACGGGCUCUUUCUUCAGCUGAAAAAUGCCCUGGUGUCAGACACUGGCCGCUACGUGUGCGUUGCUGCCAACGUGGCAGGGCUGGCUGACAGAAAGUAUGAUUUAAACGUUCAUGUUCCCCCGAGUAUCACUGGUGACCUGCAGAUACCUGAAAACAUCAGCAUUGUGGAGAAAAAUCCCAUCUCACUGACCUGCGAAGCUUCAGGAAUUCCCCUGCCCUUGAUAACAUGGCUCAAGAACGGAUGGCCUGUCACUGCAAACAGCUCAGUGAGGAUCCUCUCAGGAGGCAGGACGCUCCGUCUGACCCACACAAGUGUAGAAGAUGCAGGUCAAUACACGUGUGUAGUGACGAAUGCUGCAGGAGAAGCAAGGAAGGACUUUGACCUUUCUGUUCUAGUUCCUCCAGGGAUCGUGGGGGAAAAUAAGCUGGAAGAUGUGAAAGUGAAAGAGAAGCACAGUGUUACCCUCACGUGUGAAGUGAUAGGGAACCCUGUACCCCAGAUCACUUGGAUAAAGGAUGGGCAGCCCCUCCUUGAGGAUGAAGAUCACAGUUUUCUGUCCCGGGGGCGUUUUCUGCAAAUCGCCAAUGCCCAAGUCACCGACACGGGCAGAUACGCGUGUAUCGCAUCUAACGCGGCUGGAGAUAAGAGCAAAAGCUACAGUCUGAAUGUACUUGUGUCUCCAGCCAUUGCGGGUGCAGAUGGCCGUGGAAUUGCAGAAGACAUCACUGUUAUUCUCAAUAGCCCAACCUCCCUAGUUUGUGAGGCUUACUCCUACCCUCCAGCCACAAUCACCUGGCUGAAAGAUGGCAGUCCUGUGGAAUCAGACAGGAAUAUCCGCAUAUUGCCAGGAGGGCGAACUCUGCAAAUUCUGAGCGCACAGGAGGACAACGCAGGAAGAUACACCUGCAUAGCCACAAACGAGGCUGGAGAAAGUCUGAAACACUAUGAAGUGAAAGUCUACGUUCCACCCACCAUUAUCAAAGGUGAUGGGUCAGGGAUGGGUCUCUCCUCCAAAGAAGUGAAGAUCAAAAUAAACUACAGCCUGACACUGGAGUGUGAAGCUCAUGCAGUUCCUGCUGCUGCCAUCAGCUGGUACAAGGAUGGACAGCCUCUUACACCAGAUGAUCAUGUUAUCAUCCAAGUCAGCGGCCGUACUCUGCAGAUUAAGGAGGCUCAGGUAGCAGACACUGGUCGUUACACUUGUGUGGCAUCCAACGUUGCUGGAGAGGAUGAAAUGGAGUUUGAUGUAAAUAUACAAGUUCCUCCUAGUUUCCGAACGCAUUACAGAGAGUGGGAAGCUGGAAACAUGGUGGACACGGGAAGAGGAGAGAACAAAGACGUGAUUGUCAACAAUCCCCUCUCCCUGUACUGUGAGCCCAAUGCAGUUCCUCCCCCAGUGCUCACCUGGUAUAAAGAUGGGUCCCCACUAAGCUCUAGUGAGAAAGUCCUGAUAUUACCUGGAGGCCGAGUGCUACAGAUUGCCCGGGCGCAGGCUGAAGAUGCUGGGAGAUACAUGUGCGUGGCUGUGAAUGAGGCUGGAGAAGCUUCCAUUCAGUACGACGUCCGCGUGCUCUUACCACCAUCCAUCGCUGGCGCUGCCGGGGACCUGCCUGAAGAAGUGACUGUGCUUGUGAGCAACCCGGCGGUGCUGGACUGCUUGGCUAGUGGUAGCCCUGCCCCGAGUAUUGCCUGGCAGAAGGAUGGCCACCUGCUAGCAGAAGAUGACAAGCACACCUUUCUGUCCAGUGGAAGAAGAUUACAGAUUUUGAAUUCCCAAAUAACAGACACUGGCAGAUACAUCUGUAUUGUGGAAAAUGUGGCUGGAAGUGCCAAAAAAUACUUUAACCUGAAUGUUCAUGUUCCUCCAAGUGUUGUUGGUGCCAAUCCUGAAAAUGUGACUGUGGUGCUGAAUAACUUCAUCUCUCUGACAUGCGAGGUCACUGGCUUUCCACCUCCUGAUCUCAGCUGGCUCAAGAAUGGGAAACCUGUCAGCUCAAAUACCAACAUUUUCAUUGUGCCUGGUGCUCGGACUCUGCAGAUUCCCCGAGCCAAACUAUCAGAUGACGGGGAAUAUACUUGUAUUGCCAGAAACCAAGCUGGGGAAAGUCAGAAGAAGAGUUUCCUAACUGUCCUUGUCCCCCCAAGCAUCAAAGACCAUAGUGGGACGUCGCUGGCAGUGGUGAAUGUGAGAGUGGGCACCCCGGUGAUAUUAGAGUGUGAAUCCAAUGCUAUCCCACCACCAGUCAUCACAUGGUACAAGAACAGGCGCAUAAUUUCAGAGUCUGCAAAUGUGGAGAUCUUAGCAGAUGGGCAAACGUUGCAAAUCAAAAGCGCUGAGGUUUAUGACACUGGCCAAUACGUGUGCAAAGCCAUAAAUAUUGCAGGGCGCGACGAUAAAAAUUUCCAUCUUAAUGUUUACGUGCCACCAAAUAUAGAAGGCCCUGAGCAAGAAUGGAUCAAUGAAACUAUCAGUAAUCCUGUUACCUUCGCAUGUGAUGCUACUGGAAUUCCUCCACCAACAUUAAUGUGGCUUAAGAAUGGAAAAGCAAUAGAGAACUCCGACUCUCUUGAAGUGCACAUUCUAUCAGGUGGCAGCAAGCUUCAGAUUGCUCGCUCCCAGCUCCCAGACAGUGGGACUUACACGUGCGUCGCCUCCAAUGUAGAAGGAAGAGCUCAGAAAAGUUACAUCCUCUCCAUUCAAGUUCCUCCUAAUAUUGCUGGUUCUGAAAUGCCCAGCGAGGUCAGCGUGCUGCAGGGAGAAAGCAUCCAGCUUGUGUGCAGUGCUGAGGGAGUGCCCGUGCCUGUCGUGCAGUGGCUGAAAGAUGGACAAGCAGUUGCCAGGGAGGAAUCACAGAGAACAAGAGUAACUCCAGAUGGCAGCACAUUAAACAUUUUCAGAGCUCUCCCUUCUGAUACAGGAAAAUACACUUGUGUGGCUACUAAUCCUGCAGGAGAGGAAGACCGGAUUUUUAACUUAAAUGUCUAUGUUCCACCAACAAUAGCUGAUAAUAAAGAAGAACCAGAGGACCUCACUGUCCUUGUGGACACCUCUGUAAAUAUUGAGUGUACUGCUGCUGGAACUCCAGCCCCACAGAUAAACUGGCUGAAAAAUGGGCUUCCUCUUUCAAUCUCCUCCCAAAUCAGGUUGCUCUCUGGUGGACAAAUUCUCAGAAUUGUUCGAGUGCAGGUAUCUGAUGUUGGUGCAUACACCUGUGUAGCAUCCAACAGAGCUGGAGUGGACAACAAACAUUACAGUCUUCAAGUUCUGGUGCCACCAAGUUUGGAUAAUGCAGGAGGAACAGAGGAUGUGACUAUAGUAAGAGGCAAUUCGGCUUCAAUGCAGUGUGUUACUGAAGGCAUUCCCACCCCAACUAUGUCCUGGUUUAAAGAUGGACAUCCUUUAAGCCUUGGAGAUCACUUGACUUCAAAAAACCAAGGGAUGGUCCUUCAUUUUGUCAAAGCAGAGACCCAUGAUACAGGCAAAUACACCUGUGAAGCCUCAAAUGAAGCUGGGGAUAUCAGCAAGCACUUCUCACUAAAAGUGCUGGAGCCACCUCAUAUCAAUGGUUCUGAUCAACCAGAAGAGCUCUCUGUUGUUGUCAACAACCCCCUUGAACUUCUUUGCAUCUCCACCGGCAUUCCGGUCCCCAAAAUCUCAUGGAUGAAGGAUGGGCGCCCGCUUCUGCAGAAUGAUAAUGUGCAUGUCCUAAGAGGAGAAGUGCUUCGAAUAACCAGUGCUCAGGUGGAAGACACAGGAAGAUACACAUGCCUGGCAUCUAGCCCAGCAGGAGAUGAUGAUAAGGAAUAUUUAGUAAGAGUGCAUGUUCCUCCUAACAUUGCUGGCACCAGUGGCCCACAGGACCUCACUGUGUUGCAGAACAGACAAGUCACACUGGAAUGCAAGUCAGAUGCUGUGCCACCUCCGACGAUCUCGUGGCUUAAAGAUGGAGAACUCCUCGAGGGGACUCCUCGAGUUCGGAUCCUGUCCAACGGGCGAUACCUGCAGAUCAAUAAUGCUGCCCUCAGUGACACCGCGAGCUACACCUGCGUGGCCAGCAAUGUUGCAGGAGAGAUGACCAGGGAGUUCGUGCUGACAGUGCACGUUGCUCCUACCAUCCGAAGCAGUCCCCAGACAGCUGUUGUGCGUGUAAAUGCUUCUGCUCUUCUGGAGUGUGCUGCAGAAGGAGUACCAGCCCCGAGAAUUACGUGGAGGAAGGAUGGAGCUCUUUUUUCUGCAAACAAUACCAGAUUCUCAGUGUUAGAGGAUGGAUCCCUGCACAUCCACUCAGCACGUGUGACUGACACAGGACGAUACAUGUGUAUGGCGACCAAUGCAGCUGGCACUGAACGCAAGCGAGUUGAUCUGCAGGUCCUCGUUCCUCCAACUAUUGCUCCAGGACCUAGCAAUAUUACAGUAACUGUAAAUGUGCAGACCACUUUGCCUUGUGAAACCUCUGGAAUUCCCAGACCAGCAGUUAGCUGGACAAAGAAUGGGCAUUUGCUUCAUGUUGACCAAAACCAGAAUAUGUACAGACUUCUGUCUUCAGGUUCCCUAGUAAUCAUUUCUCCCACCGUGGAUGACACUGCUGUCUACGAGUGCUCUGUAUCAAAUGACGCAGGAGGAGAGCAAAGAACAGUGGAGCUCACUGUUCAAGUGCCCCCAUCCAUAGCAGAUGAAGCCACAGAUCUUUUGGUAACAAAACUGUCUCCAGCAAUAAUUUCCUGCACGGCUUCAGGGGUUCCUGCUCCCUCAGUUCACUGGACCAAAAAUGGCAUUAAGUUGCUGCCCAGAGAAGAUGGCUACAGAAUUCUGUCUUCAGGUGCUGUGGAAAUCCCUGCGGCUCGGUUGGAGCACGCGGGUCGGUACACCUGCCUAGCCCACAAUGCAGCCGGCUCGGCCCACAGACACGUUACGCUGCACGUUCAGGAACCACCAGCUAUUCAAGCUCAGCCAGGGACACUGGAUGUUAUUGUGAACAAUCCCAUUCUUCUCCCUUGUGAAGCAACUGGUACACCUCGACCCGCAAUAACAUGGCAAAAGGAGGGCAUCAAUGUCAUUACCACAGGCAAUAGCUACAUGGUUCUUCCCAAUGGCAGUUUACAGAUUGCAAGAUCAACUGUGGAAGACUCUGGCACUUACAUGUGCGUUGCUCAAAACCCAGCUGGCACAGCGCUGGGGAAGAUCAAACUGAAAGUGCAAGUUCCUCCUGUUAUCAAGUCUCAACUCCAGGAGUACGUUGUUCCUGUGGAUCAUUCUGUCACUUUGCCCUGUGAGGCUGAAGGCUACCCCGGGCCAGACAUCAGCUGGCAUAAAGACGGCCAGCAAGUAACGGAGUCCAUCAGGAGGAGAAUCCUCAGCACCGGCGCCCUGCAGGUCGCGUUCGUGCAGCCGGGCGACACGGGCCGCUACACGUGCGUAGCGGCCAACGCGGCGGGCUCGAGCAGCUCGAGCACAGAGCUCGUCGUGCACAUUCCACCCAGGAUCCGCAGUACAGAGGUGGAAUACACAGUCACGGAGGAUUCCCAGGCUGUCCUGUCUUGUGUGGCUGAUGGGAUUCCAGCACCAACAAUAAACUGGACGAAGGACCAUACACUGUUAACAGACACAGUAGGAAAAUACAGGGCUCUGCCAGGUGGAGAUCUCAUUUUGGACAAUGUUGUUCCUGAAGAUUCUGGCCAUUAUACCUGCAUUGCUAGCAACACUGCUGGGGAAGACACACACACUGUCACCCUGAUGGUUCAUGUGCUCCCUGCAUUUACUGAACUGCCUGGAGAUAUAGCUCUGACUAAAGGAGAACAGCUCAGAUUAACUUGCAAAGCAACUGGGAUACCUGUUCCCAAAAUAACAUGGACUUUUAACAAUAACAUCAUUCCAGCACAAUACGAUGAUAUAAAUGGACACAGUGACCUUGUUAUUGAAAGAGUAACUAAGGAUGAUUCUGGCACUUAUGUCUGCACGGCAGAAAACACAGUUGGCUCAGUCAAGGCUAUUGGAUUUGUGUACGUCAAAGAGCCUCCGGUCUUCAAAGGGGAUGAUCCCUCCAGGCGAACGGAGCCCCUGGGCGGCAACGCGGUGCUCGACUGCGAGGCGAGAGGAGAGCCACCUCCAACCAUCCAGUGGAGCAGAAAGGGAGCCGGCGUCCCGCUCGGCACCCGCAUCCGCCAGCUCAGCAACGGCUCGCUCGCCAUCUACGGCACUGUCAACGAAGAUGCUGGUGACUACAAGUGCGUGGCUACCAACGAUGCUGGCACCGUGGAACGCAGCCUGACGCUAACGCUCCAGACUCCUCCAGUCAUUACUGUUGAACCUAUGGAGACUGUUACUGAGGCGGGUGCCACAGCACUGCUGCACUGCCAGGCAGCGGGAGAGCCUGCACCCAGGCUGGAAUGGGCUCGUGGGGGGCGCCCGCUCGUGGGCAGCGACAGGGUGUCCGUGCUGUCCAACGGCUCCCUGCGGAUCGUCGCAGCGCGGAGGGAAGAUACAGCGGAAUACGAGUGCGUCGCGAGGAACUUCCUGGGAUCUGCUCUUGCUAGAGCACUGCUCACUGUCCAGGUGCACGGCGGGUUUUCCAGCUGGCUGGAGUGGCGGCCUUGCAGUGCAACGUGCGGCCGGGGUGUCCAGGAGCGGAUCCGGCGGUGCAACAACCCCCUCCCGGCCAAUGGAGGGCGGCCCUGUGAGGGGCCCGAGGCAGAUGUGCGCAGCUGCCACAACAGGCCCUGCCCAGUGCACGGCGGCUGGUCAGAGUGGGGCCUUUGGGAAGAGUGUUCCAAGAGCUGUGGCCAAGGCAACAGGACCAGAAGCAGAAGCUGCAGUAGCCCCCCGGCCCAGCACGGCGGGAAGGGCUGCGACGGCCGUGCCGUGGAGUCAGUCAUGUGCAAUGUUAGGCCCUGCCCGGUGGAUGGCGCGUGGAGCUCGUGGCUGCCCUGGGCUCCCUGCAGCGAGACCUGUGGGACGGGCACGCGGCGGCGGCUGCGGCUCUGCGACGCGCCCGCUGCGGCCGGCGGCGGGGCGCCCUGCGCCGGCUCCGACUCGCAGCUGCAGCUCUGCAGCGAGGGGCUCUGCCCGGUGGACGGGAGGUGGGCGGCGUGGAGCAGCUGGAGCGCCUGCACCGUGUCCUGCGCAGGAGGCAGCAGGCAGAGGACGCGCCUCUGCUCCGACCCAGCCCCGCAGUUCGGGGGCCACGAGUGCGAGGGAAACGACCUGCAGGUGGAUUUUUGCAACAGUGAUCCCUGCCCUGUGCACGGCAGCUGGGGCCCCUGGAGCAGCUGGGGAGGCUGCAGCCGGCCGUGCGGCGGCGGCCAGAGGCGGCGGCACCGCUCGUGCGACAGCCCGCGGCCCGCGAGCGGCGGCCGGGCGUGCGCGGGCGCCGACGCGCAGCUGCAGCGCUGCAGCCCCGCGCGCUGCCCCGUGGAUGGAAACUGGGGGCAGUGGCAAGCGUGGAGCCGAUGCUCUGUGUCCUGUGGAGGAGGAGAACAGAGCCGAGUUCGCCUGUGCAACAGUCCUGCGCCGUCAGAUCAUGGACAUCCUUGUCCUGGCGACUCUUCCCAGAUAUCCAGGUGUAACAUCCAAGCGUGUCCUGGUGGACCCCCACGUGCCAAGGGAAGCGUUAUUGGGAACAUUAAUGGUGUUGAAUUUGGAAUUGCCUACCUGAAUGCCACAGUUACAGAGAGCCCUGACUCUGAAGCUAGAAUAAUCCAAGCAGAGAUUACUAACGUCCCCCGGAGCCUUGGUGCCUCGAUGAGGAAGCUGGUGUCCAUCCUGAGCCCCAUUUAUUGGACGGCUGCGAAAGAAGUUGGAGGGGCAGUGAACGGCUUUACUCUCACUGAUGCAGUCUUCAAAAGGGAAACCCAAGUGGAGUUUGCUACUGGAGAGAUUCUGCGAAUGACUCACGUUGCCCGAGGCCUGGAUUCAGAUGGCACCUUGCUGCUGGACGUUGUUGUGAGCGGCCAGGUUCUGCAGCUCCAGGAAUUAGCUGACAUCAACAUGAAGGACUACACAGAAGACUAUGUUCAGACGGGCCCCGGGCAGCUCUACGCCCGCUCCACGCGCCUCUUCGCCGUCGAUGGAGUUAGUGUCCCCUACACGUGGAACCACACAAUCACCUAUGACCCCACGAGAGGAAAGAUGCCCUUCCUGGUGGAAACGCUCCACGCUGUGUCCAUCACAGCGGAGUACAACCCUCUGGAGGAAACUGUGGCCUUCAGAAUCCACGCUUCCAUUGCAAAAGGGGAUCGUAGCAACCAGUGUCCUGCUGGCUUUGUCUUGGACUCAGAUGGGCCUUACUGUUCAGAUGAGGACGAGUGCGCGGGACGCAGCCCCUGCUCCCACGGCUGCCUUAACGCCGUGGGCACCUUCUCCUGCUCCUGCCCGCCCGGCCUGGCCAUCGCCGCCGACGGCAGGACCUGCCACGACAUUAACGAGUGCGAGGAGCCGGGCUUGUGCCCUCAGCGCUGCGUCAACACCCUGGGCAGCUUCCGCUGCGCCUGCGAGCCGGGAUUCCAGCUGCGCGGCCGGAGAUGCUCCGACAUAAACGAGUGCAGGCAGAAGGUGUGCCGAGCUGACCAGCUGUGCAGGAACACGCGCGGGGGCUACCGCUGCAUCGACCUGUGCCCCAAGGGCCUGGCCAGGAGCGACAACGGCACCUGCGUGGACGUGGACGAGUGCCGGGCCGGGACGCACGGCUGCCGCCCGGAGCAGCGCUGCGAGAACACGCGGGGCAGCUACCGCUGCGCCUGCCCGCGGGGGCUCCGCGCGCCCGCCGUGGGCAGCGCCUGCCUGGACAUUAAUGAAUGUGAACAAGUGCCCAAGCCCUGUGCAUUUCAGUGCACCAACAGCCCCGGCAGCUUCGCGUGUGUCUGUCCCCCUGGACAACAGUUAUUAGGGGAUGGGAAGUCUUGCGCUGGACUGCAGAGAUUGCCCCGUUUCGGUGCCUCUCACCAUAGCUCUAACUAUGCCCAGUUCUCCCCUCUGAGAGACAACUAUCAACCUCUACAGUAUUACAGGCACUCCUCAAAUCUCUACAGCUCCUUCUCAGAGUAUAGGAACAGCAGGAUUCCUUUCUCCAGGACUAGAAGGAACCCUAGAGAACCUUGUCCUGAAGGCUAUGAGGCAAGAAAUGCCAGAUGUGUAGAUAUUGAUGAAUGUGAAAACAGAGAUGUCUGUCAGCACGAGUGCAGAAACACCCUAGGGAGCUACCAGUGCUCUUGUCCCUCCGGGUAUCGUCUCAUGGCCAACGGCAAAACCUGCCAAGAUAUUGACGAGUGCCUGGAGCAGAACAUCCACUGUGGACCAAACCAGGUGUGCUUCAACACGCGAGGAAGCUACCAGUGCAUAGACACACCCUGUCCCCCAAGCUACCAGCGUGAUCCCCUUUCUGGGUUCUGUCUGAAGAACUGCCCGGCCAACGACCUGGAGUGCGCGCUGAGCACGUACGCCCUGGAGUACAAGCUGGUGUCGCUGCCCUUGGGCAUCGCCGCCGGGCAGGACCUGAUCCGCCUGGUGGCCUACACCCACGAGCAGGUCGUGCACCCGCGCACCACGUUCACGAUGGCCCACGAGGACCCGGGCGUCCCGUUCGCCCUGCGGGCCGAGAACCUCAAGGGGGUGGUGUUCAGCACGAGGCCGCUGCGCGAGCCCCGCACGUACCGCCUGCGCGUGCGCGCCGCGUCCCGCAGCGCCGCCGGCGCCAUCGAGUACCAGACUACCUUCGUCGUCUACAUCGCCGUGGCCGCCUACCCCUACUGA